AGGAUCUGAUAUGAAUCGAUGAGCGGUGCUCAACUCAGGGAUAUCAAAAUAGACAAUAUGGAGGUUGAUCGCCGCGGAACGAGCUCGCGACGCGGCAAACGACUUGCCGCUCAGUCGAAAACACAUCCCACUAUACAAGCGAAGCAAAAUCAGAUGUAUCUAAUAACAACACUUGCGCCGGCGCCAAGUGAACAAGCGCUCAUCAAUAAAGUCUUACCCAAGGAGCUCAUACUGCGAAUUUUUUCUUACCUCGAUAUGAAAACGUUAUGCCGAUGCGCACAAACUUGUCGAUUAUGGAAUAUUUUGGCGCUCGAUGGCUCCAAUUGGCAACGGGUCGAUUUGUUCACCUUUCAGAAGGACGUCAAGGCAGCAACAGUUGAAAAUCUCGCUCGACGUUGUGGCGGAUUCCUGAAGAAGCUUUCAUUGAAAGGAUGUGAAAAUAUACAGGACUCAGCGUUACGGUCUUUCACAGCGAAAUGUGCCAAUAUCGAGCAUCUUAGUUUGUACAAAUGUAAAAGAGUUACAGAUGCGACUUGCGAGAAUCUUGGCAGACAUUGCCAUAAACUGAUCCAUUUGAAUCUAGAAAACUGUACAGCGAUAACGGAUCGUGCACUUAGGUACAUUAGCGACGGCUGCCCCAAUCUGCAGUACUUGAAUAUCAGCUGGUGUGAUAAUAUUCAAGAUAAAGGAGUAAAUAUGGUGCUCAAUGGAUGUAAAAAUCUUACCACAUUGAUAAUGAAAGGAUGUGAAGGCCUUACUGAACAAGUGUUUGCGAAUUCGAUCGAAAAUAUGAAGAAUCUAGAAGUUAUCAAUUUGUUAUCGUGUUUUGCGAAUGACGAAACCGUAGGACAUAUUGCCCGUGGCUGUCCGCACUUACAGUAUCUGUGCUUAUCAAAUUGUACACAAAUCACCGAUCGAUCAUUGAUUGCAUUAUCACAAGGUUGCAAGAUGUUGACCGAUAUUGAAUUGUCUGGCUGUAGCCUGCUCUCUGAUGCUGGUUUCACUCAACUGGCCAGACACUGCAAAUGUUUGGCUCGGAUGGAUUUGGAAGAUUGUAGCCUGAUCACUGAUGCGACCAUUCACUCGCUUAGCACAAAUUGUAGCAAUCUAUCUGAAUUGAGUCUUUCUCACUGUGAGCUAAUCACGGACGAAUCGAUACAUUGUCUUUGUACCAACAAUAAAGACAAAUUACAGGUGUUGGAGCUCGAUAAUUGUCCACAAAUCACGGACUCAGCUCUAUCACAUAUGCGACACGCAAGAGCGUUGAAACGAAUCGAUCUGUAUGAUUGUCAGAAUGUGUCUAAAGAAGCAAUACAGCGAUUUAAGCAUCAUCGGCCACACGUGGAAAUCCAUGCGUAUUUCGCGCCGGCCACACCUCCAGCAAAUCCAGCAACUGCACGAGCAGGCUUAUGCAGAUGUUGUGCUAUCUUAUGACUAAACGUUUGUGCCCUGUUCUUCGCUCUCUACCAUCGUCUUACGCAUAUUUUCUGACUUCGGCAUCAACCUCCAGUUGGACGCUUUGCAAUUGGUUGCGCUGAAUGCCACGCCCAUGAUCAAAGCUCUAAUUGGAGGAAUUGCUACAUCCAUCUGCUUCUUAUGCUUCAUAUGCUUCUUGAAUGCUAAAAACACAGAUUAUUGAUUGCUUAUUAGUCGAUUCUUUGCGUUAUUGCCUUGAAAGCAGAAUUUUGCGUUCGAUUACUAUUAAUUGCCUACUUCCAUUUUUCAUAAUACCAUUUUUUUUCAAAUUUGCCUUCAAAAUACGUAACAUGGAGAGCAGGGCACGGUAACCUGCGGCAGGUUACCACCUUUAUCUCAUUUUCUAUAUCAUAGAUCAUUCCAUUGCUGCUAUAUGUGUUUCUUCAUAGUUUAUCGAUUUUUUGUGUUUUUUCAUUGAUUAGUGUUAUGUGCGCGCAUUAGCCACUUUUUCUUCAUAUGUGCAUAUGGAAUGCAUAUGCAUGACUUGUGCUCUACCUCUGCCAAUCUGCAUCGUUCGCAUGUUUACUUUUUAUUUCUAAAAAUCUUUAUGUCCAGCAAACCAAUCCAAAAUUUGUAGCUAUCCAUUUUUAUCGAUUUAUCGAUUGCCUUAGAAACGCCUUUUCCAAGGUGAUCGUUUAAAGUUACGAAACUGUUCAUCAGUUUUAUGAUCAUGCUUUUUUCACUCAGCUCAGCUGAACAUCUAAGACCAUUGACUUUUAAAUCCGCUUAGAAUAUUUUUGAAAAAUUUUUCGGAAAAACCUACUCCCCCAGCAUCUGAUCUUUAUUCCUUCCAAAAUGAAGUCAGUUCAGCUGCAAUUGUUUCGCUUGCUUAUUGUUGAUGAUUUUUCUUCCAAUAUAAUGUAAAUAUGUUUUCUUCAGUCCGUUUUCUUCCAUUAAAAAUCUGCGUCCAUCCACUGACUGCUCUUUGGGUUUGCGUCAUCUUUCUACUCAAUCUCGCGCUAUAUUUUGUAUUUUUUAUUCAUUUUUGUGAACGAUUGUCCGAUUUUUCCCCCGGCAGUGUCACUGUUUGAUUCCCACAACUAUCCUGUAUGUAGAACAAUUUGGUCAAUCAAAUAUUAUACUGGUGACACAUAGUGACGAGUCUUCUCUUCUGUAUUAGUAGCUUUUCGCCAAGUUUGUAAGAUUUGUUUAUUUUUUCUUUCUUGUUAAAAAAGAAAAUAAAGUUUUUUCACGCUCGAA